AUGGCGUGCCCAAUCACUGUCACGAAGUUUGUCGGCACCGUCUCUCUCGGCCUGCUGACGGGCGUUUCCUACUCGACUACUGCCAUCACCAUUCCCUCACUCGCGCUCCUCCCGACCUCCACCACGGCUGCUCGUUGCUUCAAUGAAGUGAAGCGCCUGAACCGCAAACAUGCCCUGCGACUUUCCAGCCUUGCCAAUAUCUGCUUCCUCUUUGCGUACUCUGUCUCCCCACCACGUCGCAAGCACCCAUAUCUCGUUUGGCUGUGCGUUCUGUCCACAGUAAGCUCCUAUGGCCUGGACCUCUGGGCCAACCGCCACCUGGGGUUCAAGAACUGGGUCAUCAGCUGCUUCAAGGACACCACUUGCAUUUCCCUUGGUUGUGAGUCUUCUGCACAGAAAGAUGAUGAUCUGGUUGUCGUCGGAUCCGAGGAGGGAGUGAAUGGAGAGAGUGUCCAGCGUGAGAUGGCCAAGGAACGCCGCCUACAGCGCGCCCGCGCCUGGCUCGCCGGCAUGGCUCUGUCCAUGGGAAUUGUGGGCCUAUGGGGUGACAAGAAGUGA